AUGGAGAAACGCGGACACGUGCGCCCUGGCCUGCGAGGGUGCGGGCGCGUGGCUCGCGCACGGUCACACCUUCGCUCUCCCACGACAACGAGCAUUUCGGUCGAAUAUGCGCCGUGCAGCACUGCUGUGCUGUGUCUUGAAGACACUUCACAAGGCUCUAUACUGUCUCAGCCAACGGCGAAGCGGUGCUUUCUACUGCUGGAAAUCACCUAUUGGCAGACGCUCAGGACGUUCAAGAGAUCGCUUGCCGUUUUUCGAUGCGGUCUCGGCGGCGGCGUCCGUGCGUCGGUCCCGCUAGGCGGCCUGGGCCACAGAGCAGAUCGUGAGCACGCUACUUUCAUCCACGCGUGGUGUGGCGCAUCAAGCGAACUCUCUCUUCAUCACGAUGGCUUUGCGAACGCCUGGGGUGCCGGGUCCGGAAAGCUCGCAUAUGUCCACGAGGCAUUACGCCUAACCCAGCCAAAACCGGCGUGA